GUGAAGUGAUUAGUCACAUACACGUGGGCCAUUUAUUCUUGCCUUACCCGAAGCUUACGUCCGUCCAAAUAAUGACAUGGGAAUUUGCAGUAGAAGACAUUUUUUACUGACAAUAUGUACUCUGCAACUUCUAACAACGAUAGAACGCCAGGUGUUCGACUUUCUGGGGUUUAUGUGGGCCCCGAUACUCUUCAACUUUUUUAACAUUAUUUUUGUUAUUCUUGGUUUUUUUGGAGCCUUUCAGUACAGGCCUAAAUAUAUAAUAUCGUACUGUAUAUGGGACAUACUAUGGUUAGGAUGGAAUAUAUUUUGCAUAUGCUUUUACCUAGAAGCCGGAUCACUAGAUAAGCGCGACGACUAUUUGAACCUGGGAACGGGGAGUUUCUCCUGGUGGCAGGUCAACGGCCCAGGCUGCAAACCGAUCUACGACAUCAUCGAGCCGGAAUUACUUCGACCAGCGCGGCCUAAAAACGUCACCGACUGCCUAUUAAAAUAUGAGACUAUCGAAGUCUUGCACGCGUCAACACAGUGUUUGCUGGCCUUUAUGGCCAUCGUCGGUGGAAUCUGUCUGAGCCGCGCGUUCCUCGAAGAGGAUGACAGUUCACGAAUUAACAAAAGGAAAAAGCAGACUCGCCCGUUGUACAGUAUAGAGUACUCACAACCAGAACCACCGCCUCAGGAUGAAGUGUCUCCGAAGCCGAUGACACCAAGACGAGUCAAGCGACGGUCAGUUAUUUCCCGGGACGGAACUCGGAGGUCCAGCAAUCGGCGUAGCUCAGUCCGACAGUCGACGACGAGAAGAAAGAACCCGGUGAACCGAAUCAUGGAGCAGCAGGAGAGUUUGUACGCCAAUACGAUGCCGAGUCCGCUGACGAACCAGAACGUAAACUCCCUGUCCCAGGGAACGCUCAACUACGACAGGAUCGCCACCUCCUGGGACCGCGAACGACAGUGGCAGCCUGAGGCGGUGAACAUGGCUGUUUCUUCGCCAACUCUCUGGGCUCCAGAUCCCAAUUACUCUAACAUCACCAACCUGGCUUCGAGUUCCGCGGUCUCUGCCCAGACUUGCUGGGACAGCAAUGCCGCGAGCUCCACCAGACAACUCGCAGAUUCCUGGCAGCCUGAGCCCAGCUGCAGCAACAUGCAGUGGCAAGGUCAAAGCAACCCCACUUUCCAGCAGACUAGUAUUCAGAGUCUCAACAAUGCUGAUGAUCAUGACGAUCUUUACAGUAAUAGACCUGCUAGUGCGCGCUCCAGUUACAGCAAUUAUCAUGGGAUCAGAGCUACCCCUCAAGUACCAAAUAGGACUGAUAUUGUCAGACAAAGUCAGCGGCAAUUUGUCUUAAGUGGACCUCCUGCUUAUCAAGAUACUGUUAUUUGAAUUAGAUUUUAGUUUUUAGGAAUUAUAUGUGGGUUAGUGAUUAUUAGGGACUUCAUUUUUGCCGUAAUUUUAAAAUAAAUCCUUUAAAUUUUUAAUAUUAAGAAGAAAAUAUUGAUCCUACACUGAGAAAAAAA